GCUAGCACAAUGGGUUGGCUGCUGAUUGUUGUAUUCACUGGAUUGACGUUUGUUGUUAGUAGUGCACCUUCUCAUAAGCCCAAGUUAGCACACUAGAAUACAUUUGGCAAUUGCCACUGAAUUUAGUUGUCCAUGCAUGCAUAUGCACUCUAGUAGCUUGCUCAUUCAAGUGAUAUGGUAGACUAGAGCUUGUAAUUGCAUGCGAAAAUAGCGUUGAUGAUACAUUUACAAAUUAAAAUGUAUAAUUCUUUUCAUUUUCUGUAUAGCUUCAUUGUUUUUAUGGCAGAUGACCAGGAUGUGCUUUUGGGUGGUCUUACACCAAUGCAACACACGAAACGUUUGUUACAGGAAGAAGGAACUACUUUUUGCAAUGGCUAACUGCUACUUUAUCUGGUAUGUAUGCUCAUAAUUUGGAUGAUCAACAUCGAGGGUGGUGUGGUGACUUUGAGAGCCGUGAAAACAACACAUUUGCAUUGUGGCUGCAGGAAGCUGGCUAUAAGACAGGAUUAUUUGGGAAAUAUUAUAAUGCCUAUGGAGACUUUUGUAGAUCAAACGUGCAUGUACCCAAAGGCUGGACACGAUGGUUUUCAAUGUGUGAUGACAACAAAUUUUUUAACAAUAGUUUCAACGAUCAAGGGAAGAUGGCUUUCCACGGUGAUGCUCCUGAAGACUACAUGACUAGUGUUAUUGGUAACCAGACUAUCAAUUGGCUUCGUCAAGUCACACAACAACAGAAUGGAGACAGUCAAUCACCAUUCUUUGCAUAUGUUGCUGUACAUGCUCCACAUGUUCCUGCCACUCCAGCUCCUUGGUACAGUAAUACACUUCCAGAUCAGAAAGCUCCGAGAACACCAAACUGGGGUUAUCAUGGAGAAGAUCAUCACUGGUUGAUUCGUCAGCAGCCUCUUUUGACAGAUGAAAUUCGUCAGUUCUCUGAUGAUUUAUUUAUGAGACGAUGGAGAUCAAUCAUUUCUAUUGAUGAUAUUGUGGGAGAAGCAGUUAAUAUUGUCAAAGAGGCUGGAUUAUUAAACAACACAUAUUUCUUUUACACAAGCGACCAUGGUUACAACCUCGGGCAAUUCAGAUUGCCUUCUGGUAAAUACCAAGUCUAUGAUCAUGACAUAAAAGUUCCAUAUCUUAUUCGUGGACCCACAGUUGCUAGCAAUCACACAUCAACCGCAGUUGUGUCAAAUCUUGAUAUUGUUCCUACAGUGCUACAGCUGGCUGACGUAGAACCUCGUUAUGAAUUAGAUGGAAAACCACUUAAUUCCAUACUUCAAGGUAAUGUGCCAGAGACCUGGAGGGAUACAAUGCUGAUUGAAUAUUGGGGUCUCGGGUAUGUCAGAGUUGGACCAUGUCAUCAGGGUGUUACUCCAUGCCCUGGGCAUGACUCACUUGAAGAUGCUCCAUCUAACACUUACUCUGCAGUUCGAGUCAUCAACAGUGACGUAAAUAUGUUGUAUGCUGAAUUCAGGCCGAGGAAUGAACUUCCUGUAGCUUCCAGCACUAACUUUACGGAGAUGUACAACUUAGCAAAGGAUCCGUACGAGAUGCACAACAUAGUGAAUGAGACAAAUCACGAAGUCGUUGAUCAGUACAAGCACAUGUUGUAUGCAGUGAUCACAUGCAAAGGCAAGAACUGCCCUUAGCAUGCAGGCAAGAUUACAUAGUGAUACA